CAGCAGCAGCAACAACAGCAACAUCAGCAGUCGGAAGAGUACGACGAGAACUUUGACGAAGAUAUGGAGGCCGAACGGGAUUUAGCCGAGGAUGCGCAAUGGAAGAAAAUUCAACAGAACACGUUCACACGAUGGGCCAAUGAGCAUCUGAAGACCAUCGAUCGUUCCAUCAACAAUCUGGAAACGGAUCUGUCCGAUGGACUGCGUCUGAUUGCCCUCAUCGAGGUGCUCUCACAGAAGCGUCUGCCCAAAUACAAUAAACGUCCAACAUUCCGUAGCCAGAAAUUGGAGAACGUAUCGGUUGCCCUGAAAUUCCUUCAGGAUGAGGGCAUCAAAAUUGUUAAUAUUGACUCUUCGGAUAUUGUCGACUGCAAGCUGAAGCUGAUACUGGGCUUGAUAUGGACGCUCAUUCUGCACUACUCGAUCUCGAUGCCCAUGUGGGAUGGCGAGGAUGAGAAGCAGUUGAAUGGAUCGGGCCAUACGCCCAAGCAGCGUCUGUUGAAUUGGAUACACGCCAGGAUACCCGAUAUGCCAAUUAAUAAUUUCACCAACGACUGGACCACAGGCAAGGCUGUGGGUGCUUUGGUCGAUGCCUGUGCGCCUGGCCUGUGCCCCGACUGGGAGAUGUGGGACCCCAAGGAUGCCGUCCAGAAUGCUUCGGAGGCCAUGGGUCUCGCCGAUGAUUGGUUGAAUGUGCGUCAAUUGAUCAAGCCCGAGGAGCUUGUCAAUCCCAACGUGGAUGAGCAAUCGAUGAUGACAUACUUGUCGCAAUAUCCCAACUCCAAGCUAAAGACCGGUGCCCCACUGCGUCCCAAGACGAAUCCCAACAGAGUGCGUGCUUAUGGUCCUGGCAUUGAACCCAUUGGUCCUGUGGUUGGUGCGCCAGCCAACUUUACAGUUGAGACCUUCUCGGCUGGCAAAGGUGCUGUCGAUGUGAACAUCGAGGGACCCAACGGUGUCGUUGAGAAGGCUGAUGUACGCUUCAACAAUGACAAGAAUCUCACGUACACCAUUUCGUAUAUACCCAAGGAGGAGGGUGAUCUCAAGGUGGCCGUUAAGUUCUCGGGUCGUGAUAUACCCAAGUCGCCGUUCCCCGUUAAGGUCGAGGGUCAUGCCGGCGAUGCAUCGAAGGUGAAGGUAACCGGUCCGGGCAUUCAACCCAGCGGUGUGACCGUCAAGAAGCCCACCUUCUUCGAUAUACUCGCCAAGGAUGCGGGUCGCGGUGUACCCGAGGUGAUCAUCAUUGAUCCGGCCAAUCACAAGACAUCGGUGGCGGCCAAAGUGCGUCAGUUGGAGGAUGAUACUUGGCGCUGCGAAUAUGUUACUGCCCAGCAGGGUCUGCACUCGGUGAAUGUCUUCUUUGCCGGCACACCCAUACCGAAUAGUCCAUUCCCCGUUAAGGUCGCCCCACUCUCCGAUGCGCGCAAGGUGCGCGUCUCCGGCCGGGGACUGCAGGCGACCGGGGUGCGUGUUGGUGACGAUGCGGACUUUAAGAUCCAUACCGAGGGUGCCGGCGAGGGUGUGCCCGAGGUGCGGGUUAUUGGACCCGGUGGCAUGAACCAGAAUGUCAUGCAAUCCAAGGUCGAUGGCAACACGUACGAGUGCCACUAUUAUCCGACCAAGGAGGGUCGCUAUGUGGUCAUGGUCACGUUCAGCGGCCAGGAGGUGCCCAAAUCACCGUUCGAUGUGAAAGUUGGUCCCAAGAAGGAAUCCUCCAUUGUUGCCUACGGCCCAGGUUUGAACAGCGGCGUCAUUGGCUAUCCGGCCGCCUUUGUUGUGGAGACGAAUGGCGAAACGGGCGCACUUGGCUUCACUGUGGCCGGUCCCUCGCAAGCCGAGAUCGAGUGCCAUGAUAAUGGUGAUGGAUCCGCAUUGGUCAAAUAUCAUCCAACUGCCGUCGGUGAGUAUGCCGUGCAUAUUCUCUGCGACAACGAGGACAUACCCAAGUCACCGUUCAUUGCCCAAAUACUGCCACGCACCGAUUUCCAUCCGGAGCUGGUUAAGGCCAGCGGUCCGGGUCUGGCCAAGAAUGGCGUGACCAUCAAUCAAUCGACCAGCUUUGAUGUGGACACCAGCAAGGCGGGCAAUGCCCCACUCGAUGUUAUCGUUCAGGAUGUCUAUGGCAACAAGCUGCCCGUGCAGAUCAAGAACAAUCCCGAUGGCACCAAGAAGGUCAGCUAUACGCCCACUUCCGGCGUGCCACACACUGUGGAAGUCAAUUAUGGUGGCGUCUCCACGCCAAAUUCACCGCAUCGCAUCUAUGUGGGCGUGCCCGUGGAUGCGUCUAAGGUGCAAAGUUUCGGACCCUGGCUGCAGCCGGGUGUGCGUCCCAAUGUGGCCACCCAUUUCAAUGUGGAUGCACGCGAUGCUGGCGAAGCGGAGCUGAAGGUGAAGGUUGUGCACGAGGACACCAAGCUGGAUGUGCCCUGCCGCAUCAUUGACAACGAGGACAGCACGUAUUCGGUCGAAGUCAUUCCACCCAUGAAGGGCGCCUACACCACGACCAUGACCUAUGGCGGUCAACGUGUGCCCCUGGGACAGAAGGUGGUCGUCGAACAGACCGUGGAUGUGUCCAAGAUCAAGGUCGAUGGCCUGGAGCCAACCGCGCCCCUGAACAGUUUGCAGCAGUUUCGCAUUAUCACCCACGGUCUGCCCAAGGCGGAUUUGGCUGUGACGAUAACCAGUCCGUCGGGCAAUCGGGUUAAGGCCCACAUUAUACCCACUGCUGAGGGUUUUCUGAUCAACUUUACGCCCACGCAGUUGGGCGAAUAUCUGCUGAGCAUUUGCUUUGGCGGCACACCGAUUACGCCACGCCCCUUCCGCCUACAGUGUUUGACCGGCAGCGAUUCAAACAAAGUGCACGCUUACGGUCCGGGCUUGGAGCGGGGUAUUGUUGGUCAGCCGGCGGAGUUUAUGAUCGAUACCCGGGGAGCGGGCCAAGGUGGACUGGGCGUGACCGUUGAGGGUCCGUGCGAGGCGGCAAUUAAUUGCCGGGACAACGGAGAUGGCACCUGCAACGUGGCCUAUCUGCCAACGGAGGCGGGCGACUACAGUGUCAACAUUACGUUCAAUGAGCGCCACAUCACUGGCUCCCCAUUCCAGCCGCUCAUUGUGCCCGUACCGAAUCUGAAGAACACACGGGUCAGCGGCAUCGGCAUCCAGCCGCAUGGUGUGAUCAUGAAUGCCGCAACAGACUUCAUGGUCGAUAUGAGCAAAGUGGGCAGCAAUAUUGAAUCUGGCAAGCUGUCGUGUGCCAUCUUUGAUCCCAAGGGACAUGUGCUGCCCAGCAAGAUGGUGCAGGGACCCACAGACGACAUCUUCCGCAUAAUGUACACACCCUUUGAGGCUGGUCGUCACACCAUUGAGCUGAUGUACGAUAAUAUACCGGUGCCGGGAUCACCGUUUGUCGUCAAUGUGAAGAGCGGCUGCGAUCCGACUCGCUGCAAGGCCUAUGGUCCUGGCCUGGAGAGUGGCCUGACCAAUCAGAAGAACAAGUUCACCGUGGAGACCAAGGGUGCCGGCAAUGGCGGCCUCUCGCUGGCCAUUGAAGGACCCUCCGAAGCCAAGAUGGUCUGCACGGACAAUCGUGAUGGUAGCUGCGAUGUAGAUUAUCAGGCCACCGAUCCCGGUGAAUAUGAUAUCACCAUACGAUUUGCGGACAAACAUAUACCCGGCUCGCCGUUCCGUGUGCUCGUCGAGGGUAGUGUGGAUCCCAGCAAGGUGAAGGUCUACGGCGCAGGCAUUGAGCAUGGCCAGGUGCGCGAGAGUGUGCCGACCGUUUUCAAUGUGGAUGUGGGCGAGGCUGGUCCUGGCCCCAUUGCCGUCAAGCUGACCAAUUCCGAGGGCAUACCCGUUGACAAUCUGAGCGUCGAGGAUAAGGGCAAUUGCAUUUAUGCGGUCCACUAUGUUCCGCCCAAGGCCGGCUCCGUUCUCACUUGCCAAGUGAAGUUCGCCGAUGUGGAGGUGCCAUGCAGUCCCUUUGUGAUGACCGUUUUUCCCAAAUCGGAGGCGACCAAAGUCACCGUCAAGGGUGUCAACGAGACGAAGAAGACUCCGGCCUCUUUGCCCGCCGAAUUUGAGAUUGAUACAAAGCAAGCCGGUCAGGCCGACAUCAAUGUGGCUAUCAAGAAUCCCAAGGGAAAGCCAAUGCAGCCCCGCCUUGAGGAAGUAGCCACUGGUACCUAUGUCGUCUCAUUUGUGCCCGAUGAGUGUGGCACGUAUCAGUGCAGCAUCAAGUAUGGCGACAAGGAGAUCGAGGGCUCGCCCUUCAAACUCGAAGCAUUCCCCACCGGCGAGGCCAAAAAAUGCAAACUGGUCGAAGAGGCGCCCAAGAUUCAGCCAUCCGGCAGUCAGUCCCAUAUCAAAGUGGAUGCACGCGAAGCUGGCAACGGAGCCGUCACCUGCAAGAUAACCAACAAGGCCGGCAGUGAAAUUGUUGACAUUGAUGUCAUCGAGAAGGAUGGCUUCUUUGACAUUCUGUAUGCCCUCAACGAUCCUGGAGACUAUGAUAUCAACGUCAAGUUUGGUGGCAAGGAUAUACCGAACGGUAGCUUCUCCAUUAAGGCUGUCGAAAGCAUCGAACAAUACUCGCAUAGUGAAUACGUCGAGGAGCAUACGACCAAAGUACUUAAGCAGACCACAACACAGAGCGGUCUGGUCAACGGAAAAUCGGAAGUUACUUAUCGAAGUGUUGCCUUUGAGAAAUUACCACUACCCACAACAGGCGGAAACGUUACAGCUGAAGUCAGAAUGCCGAGUGGUAAGGUAGAUAAACCCAUUAUUCAGGAUAACCGUGAUGGUACCGUCUCCGUGAAGUAUGAUCCACGCGAGGAGGGCUCCCACGAGUUGGUUGUUAAAUACAAUGGCGAACCUGUCCAAGGCUCUCCAUUCAAAUUCCAUGUGGAUUCCAUAACAUCCGGCUAUGUGACCGCCUAUGGACCUGGUCUGACGCACGGCGUCACUGGCGAACCCGCCAAUUUCACCAUCUCAACCAAGGGCGCCAGCGCCGGUGGCUUGACCAUGGCUGUUGAGGGUCCCAGCAAGGCAGACAUCAAGUAUCAUGAUAACAAAGACGGCACUGUUUCGGUGCAAUAUCUGCCCACUGCUCCCGGUGAAUAUCAGGUGUCAGUGCGUUUCGGUGAUAAGCACAUCAAGGGCUCACCCUAUUUUGCCAAGAUCACCGGUGAGGGACGCAAACGUAAUCAGAUUUCCGUCGGUUCCUGCUCGGAGGUGACGAUGCCCGGUGAUAUUACCGAUGAUGAUCUGCGUGCACUGAACGCCUCCAUUCAAGCGCCCAGUGGCUUGGAGGAGCCGUGCUUCCUGAAGCGCAUGCCUACGGGCAACAUUGGCAUUUCCUUUACGCCCCGUGAGAUCGGCGAGCAUAUGGUGUCCGUGAAGCGGAUGGGCAAGCACAUCAACAACUCACCCUUUAAGGUGACGGUCUGUGAACGCGAAGUCGGCGAUGCCAAGAAGGUCAAGGUUAGCGGCAAAGGGCUCAAGGAGGGUCAGACGCACAGCGAUAAUAUCUUCUCGGUGGAUACCCGCAACGCCGGCUUCGGUGGUCUGUCUGUGUCGAUUGAGGGGCCCAGCAAGGCGGAGAUUCAGUGCACCGAUAAGGAUGAUGGCACACUCAAUAUCUCCUACAAGCCCACCGAACCGGGCUACUACAUUGUCAACCUCAAGUUUGCCGAUCAUCAUGUGGAGGGUUCACCCUUCACCGUCAAGGUGGCCGGCGAGGGCAGCAAUCGCAAACGCGAGAAGAUUCAGCGGGAACGCGACGCGGUGCCCAUCACCGAAAUUGGCAGCCAGUGCAAGCUGACCUUCAAGAUGCCCGGCAUCACGUCCUUUGAUCUGGCCGCCUGUGUCACCUCGCCCAGCAAUGUCACUGAGGAUGCCGAGAUUCAGGAAAUUGAGGAUGGUUUGUAUUCGGUGCACUUUGUGCCCAAGGAGCUGGGCGUUCACACCGUUUCGGUGCGCUACUCCGAGAUGCACAUACCCGGCUCGCCGUUCCAGUUCACAGUGGGUCCACUGCGUGAUUCGGGCAGCCAUCUGGUUAAGGCUGGCGGUUCUGGUCUGGAGCGUGGCGUUGUCGGCGAGCCGGCCGAGUUCAAUGUGUGGACACGCGAGGCUGGCGGCGGUUCGUUGGCCAUUUCGGUGGAGGGUCCCAGCAAGGCGGACAUUGAGUUCAAGGAUCGCAAGGACGGCAGCUGCGAUGUGUCCUACAAGGUGACAGAGCCUGGAGAAUAUCGUGUCGGUUUGAAGUUCAACGACCGCCAUAUUCCCGACUCACCGUUCAAGGUGUACAUAUCGCCGGAUGCGGGCGAUGCUCACAAGCUGGAGGUGCAGCAGUUCCCACAGGGCAACAUUCAGGCCGAUGCGCCCUAUCAGUUCAUGGUGCGCAAGAAUGGCGCCAAGGGUGAGCUGGAUGCCAAGAUUGUGGCACCCUCCGGCACCGAUGACGAUUGUUUCAUCCAGGCCAUCGAUGGCGAGAUGAGCUCGGUGCGUUUCUAUCCACGUGAGAAUGGAAUUCACGCGAUUCACGUCAAGUUCAAUGGUGUCCACAUACCCGACUCACCCUUCAGAAUCAAGGUUGGCAAGGAUGUUGCCGAUCCAGCGGCAGUGCAUGCCACCGGCAAUGGCUUGGAUGAUAUCAAGACUGGCCACAAGGCCGAUUUCAUAAUCAACACCUGUAAUGCGGGCGUUGGCACAUUGGCCGUUUCCAUCGAUGGGCCCUCCAAGGUCGCCAUGGAUUGCACAGAGGUGGAAGAGGGCUACAAGGUGCGAUACACACCACUGCUGCCCGGAGAGCAUUACAUCACGGUUAAAUACAACAAUAUGCACAUUGUGGGUUCACCGUUCAAGGUGCAUGCCACCGGCGACAAACUGGCCGAUGAGGGCGCCCAGGAAACAUCCACAGUCAUUGUGGAGACAGUGCAGAAGAUUGCCAAGGGUGGCAAAAGCACUGGCGUCCACUUGCCCAACUUCAAGUCCGAUGCCAGCAAGGUUGUGUCUAAGGGUAUGGGCCUGAAGAAGGCCUACGUUGGCAAGCAGAAUCAGUUCAGCGUCUGUGCCACAGAUGCAGGCAACAAUAUCCUGUAUGUGGGCAUGUACGGCCCGAAGGGACCCUGCGAGGAGUUCCAUGUCAAGCAUGCUGGCCACAACAAUUACAAUGUGCAGUAUCUGGUGCGUGAUCGCGGCCAGUAUGUGCUUCUUAUCAAAUGGGGCGAUGACCAUAUACCCGGAUCCCCAUUCCAGAUCGAUGUCUAGGCUAAUGCCAAAACCAAUCAUAUUUAUGCAUACAUAGAUACUAUACACAGACCCAUCCCCGAAUGUCCACGUCUGUUCCAUGAGCCAACGUUUAUUCUGUGUGUUUUCUUCAUGAUUGUCUUUGUUUUUAAUUUUAAUUAUUUGCCUAUCAUUAUUAUGUUAAGUGAUUAUUUUAUUUUUUGUUAUUUGUACAUAAAACAAAAGAAAUGAAAUGUGUUUUCGACUUAAAAAAGAAACAGUUUACGCGCCAUUUUCACAUAUUAAUUGAUUUGGUUUUUUUUCUUUGUGAAUACGUAAACUAAACAAAAUUUAAUUAAAUGCAUUCAAUUAAUUUUCAUAAUCAAGAUCGAGAUUCAAAUGAGUUGAUAAAUAUAAAUUACACACAAUGUUAAAAGAAAAAUGCGAAUAAAUCUCUUAAACAAUUAUUUAAUACUUAAGCCCAACACUUAUGAAGAUGAUUAAUAUGAUUAUAACGUAUUAUGUUUUUUAUUAUCACUAUCGCGAUGUAAUUUACGUAAACUCAAAUAAACAAAUUAAAAAUAA